AUGGAGGAACAAGGCGGCACCAAGUUAGAGAAGGUGCAGUGCUUCGGCCGAAAGAAGACUGCCGUGGCUGUGGCGUUGGUGCGAACCGGCAGCGGCCAGGUGCGCCUGAACGGCUGUCCUUUGCACACGGUGAAGCCUGACAUUCUGCGAGUCAAGGUCUACGAGCCUCUCCUCCUCCUCGGAAAGGACAAGUGCAGCAAGGUGGACAUCCGCUUGCGAGUGAAAGGUGGCGGUUUCACUGGGCAGAUCUACGCGCUGCGGCAGGCUAUUGCCAAGGGCAUUGUUGCGUACUACCAGAAGUACAUUGAUGAGGCCUCCAAGAAGGAGAUCAAGGACAUCCUGAUGGCCUACGACCGGUCAUUGAUUGUGGCUGAUCCGCGACGCUGCGAGCCCAAGAAGUUUGGAGGCCGAUCCGCCCGUGCCCGCUUCCAGAAGCGCAACAUUGCGCUGUCAUGCAGGGUAGUGCUGCGCAUGCUCAAAGCAAAGAGUCCAGUUCAAGUGACACUUGUGCAGGUGCGCCUGAACGGCUGUCCUUUGCACACGGUGAAGCCUGACAUUCUGCGAGUCAAGGUCUACGAGCCUCUCCUCCUCCUCGGAAAGGACAAGUGCAGCAAGGUGGACAUCCGCUUGCGAGUGAAAGGUGGCGGUUUCACUGGGCAGAUCUACGCGCUGCGGCAGGCUAUUGCCAAGGGCAUUGUUGCGUACUACCAGAAGUACAUUGAUGAGGCCUCCAAGAAGGAGAUCAAGGACAUCCUGAUGGCCUACGACCGGUCAUUGAUUGUGGCUGAUCCGCGACGCUGCGAGCCCAAGAAGUUUGGAGGCCGAUCCGCCCGUGCCCGCUUCCAGAAGUCUUACCGAUGA